AUGUUUUACCUCUUUGGCGGGUAUAAGCUAUGGAACGAGCACGCCUGGUGCCCAUCCGACGACCAGGUCCGCGGUGGCAAGAGCCAUAGCCUCUUUGUAUGCUCUGCUGAUUCGACCGUGGCCACGUUUAGUGGAGAAUUGGAUAUCACCGCCCUUGGAGGCGCCGGGUUUGCCUCGCAGCGGACUGUCGACCCCCAGUCUUGGGACCUACUUGAUUACAAGGGGCUGAGGAUCGGCGUAGCCAAGAGCGACGGGAAGAAGUACACGCUUGUUCUUAAGGACGAGAUCCCGUCUCAUCGCGAGGAUGGUAGGGAGGAGAGCACCGUCAGCUGGGAAUACGACUUCGUGGCCGGCGACGAGUCGGAAGUAGAGGCCUCUUGGGACGACUUCAAGCCCACGUAUCGAGGACAGCCGAAACCAGAUGCUGCCCCUUUGCGCCUGGAUCAUAUCAAGCGGAUAAGCAUCAUGAUGCGAAGCUUCUUUGGCGAACAGGAGGGACCCUUUAGGCUUGAUCUCAACUAUAUCGUGACUAUUAGACCAGAGGCAACCCCGGAGGAGAAUUAA